ACCAAAACCAUUCAUCUUCAUUUCCUUCUCUUCCCCCCCAACCCUCUCCUCCUUUCCAAGGAAAAUUAUUCGAGAAAAUCCUGAUCAUCUACACAUGGAUAGAGAACAAGAAGAGAUGCAAUUUCUCGGAAUCUUUGGCAUCUACAAAGAAUCCUACAAAAUUAUCUUCACAUGGAGAAAAAUCUUCAGCCAGAUAACUCUUGCCUUGAUUCUUCCUCUAUCUUUCAUCUUCCUAGCUCACAUCCAGAUUUCCGAUCUCAUCUUCUCCAAUAUCAUCCAUGACGAAUUCCAAUUAGAUCAAACAAGGGUCGGCUCUGCAAGAUACAAUAAACUAAACGAUCUCAUCUCCUCGGAAUGGACAUAUUUCUGGCUCUUCAAGAUUGCAUACUUCACUUUCUUUCUUAUUUUCUCCCUUCUAUCAACCGCAGCAGUUGUUUAUACCGUCGCUUGUAUUUACACCGGCCGAGAUGUCACCUUCUCCAAGGUUAUAAGCGUUGUCCCCAAGGUUUGGAAGAGGCUUAUGAUCACGUUUCUGUGUAUUUUUGCUGCUAUUUUUGCCUACAACGUAGUUGCCUUCCUGAUCUUUAUUGCAUGGAUAAUCAUGGUUUCCGACAGUAGUUUUGCGGUCGCGUCGUUAUUUGUUUUCUUGAUUUUAUACUUCGUGGGUAUAGUUUACAUGAGCAUAAUAUGGCAGUUGGCUAGUGUUGUGUCUGUGUUAGAGGAAGCUUGUGGGGUUAAGGCCAUGGUGAAGAGCAGAGCUUUGAUCAAAGGGAAGAUUUGGGUUGCAGCAAUUAUAUUUUUCAAACUCAAUCUGUCUCUGUUCAUAAUUCAGAUAGCAUUUGAGAGGCUGGUGGUUCAUGGGCAAUCCUUAGGAAUGGUUAAUAGGGUUUCUUAUGGGAUCAUCUGUUUCUUGUUGAUGUUUAAGUUGUUUUUGUUUGGACUUGUUAUUCAGACAGUGAUUUACUUCGUCUGCAAAUCUUAUCACCAUGAGAAUAUCGACAAAUCUGCACUGUCUGAUCACCUUGAAGUUUAUCUGGGAGAAUAUGUUCCUUUGAAGGCUAAGGAUAUCCAGCUUGAACAUUUUGAACUUUGAGCAAAGUUCACAUAUAUAGCAAUAAUAAGCUUCUAAUACCUUUUUUUUUGUUUUUUCUGUUUCCAGUAUACUACUCCUGUAAUAGUUUAUUAAUCUGCAGAAGGCAAAAAUCAAAUUGAUCU